AUGAGCCGGGACGGGCUUGAUGGCAGGCUGCAGCGGGCCCUGCGGGGCUGGGCUGCUCUGGGUGAUGGGGUGGGGGUGGCGGCUGACCUCCCAAGGAAGAAGCUGCUGCGCGGGCUCACCUGUGCCUCACAGGGACCCAGAAGAGCCCGGAAAAGAGCGGAGGGUGGAGCCAGCUCCAACGUCUUCUCCAUGUUUGAUCAGUCCCAGAUCCAGGAGUUUAAGGAGGCCUUCACCAUCAUGGACCAGAACCGGGAUGGCUUCAUCGACAAGGAGGACCUGAGGGACACCUUUGCCGCUCUGGGCCGCAUCAAUGUCAAGAACGAGGAGCUGGAGGCCAUGGUGAAGGAGGCUCCUGGUCCCAUCAACUUCACCGUCUUCCUCACCAUGUUUGGGGAGAAGCUGAAGGGCACCGACCCCGAGGAGACCAUCCUCCACGCCUUCAAGGUGUUUGACACCGAAGGGAAAGGCUUCGUGAAGGCUGAGUUCAUCAAGGAGAAGCUCAUGACCCAGGCAGACAGGUUCAGUGAGGAGGAGACGGUGUGA